AUGAUAGCAGGCGAUUAUGACCCUAUAGAACACCUCAACCUGAUCUUUUCCCAUCCCUCCACUCUUUCAUCUGUCAGUCAGACGUACGAAAUACUCCAAGCCUAUCAGGAUGACCUCGAGAACGAGAUCGAUGCGCUUGAGGACGAGCAGAUCCGAUCCCACGCCGAAUGCCUCCAGCGGAUGGAAACAGCCAAGGCCGAAUUGGCCGAACUUUUCCAGCGGAUCGAGCACGUCCGCGAGCGAGCCUUACAGACGCAACGCAACAUCACCGAAAUGACGGCCGAUAUCAAGCAGCUGGACAAUACCAAAAGGAACCUGACCCUUUCCAUGACGGCCUUGAAAAGAUUGCAGAUGUUGACAACCGCCUACGAACAGUUGCGGGCUUUGAGCAAGACCAGGCAAUACCGAGAAUGUGCCCAACUUCUUCAGGCGGUGAUCCAGUUCAUGGGGCAUUUCAAGUCGUACCGUUCAAUCGAUCAGAUUGCGACGCUAAGCAGAAACGUGGCUGAUCUGCAGAGGGAGCUUCUGGAACAAGUUUGCGAGGAUUUCGAAAUCACUUUUACCAAAGAAGAGGUGGGACCGAAUCGAGGCUUGCUCCAUGAGGCCUGCAUGGUGGUAGACGCCCUGGGGGACUCUGCCCGGUCGAGACUCAUCACUUGGUACUGUAAUACCCAACUCCGCCAGUAUCGACACAUCUUCAAGGGAGAUCAGGAGGCCGGCUCCCUGGACAACAUCGAUCGAAGGUACGCUUGGUUCAAAAAAACGCUGAAACUGUACGAUGAGGAGCAUGCGGCGAUUUUCCCCUCCCAUUGGCGGGUCAAUGAAAUUUUAGCCAACGUCUUUGCCGAAGGGACACGGGAUGACUAUAAGGGCAUCUUGUCCCGAACUGUUCGGAACGGACAGACGAUUGAUGUCAAGCUCCUGCUCUCCUGCCUUCAGCAGACUCUGGACUUCGAGCACAGUCUCGAAAGAAGAUUCAAUCAGACGCCGAGGACGUCAAUAGACACCGUGGCCUCGGCGAGCGAUUCUCCGGCUUUGGCCCAGCCGAUAUCUGAUGCCUUUGAGCCGUAUUUAAGUUUAUGGGUGGAAGCACAGGACAAAGAAUUGGCCGGCUUGAUCCCGCAGUACAAGCAGCGGCCUCCCAAACUGGCGGACGAGGAUUUCUCAUCGCAGCAGGUGAUAGCGUCGUCAACGGAGCUGUUCAACUUCUAUCGACUUGCCCUCGCGCAAUGCGCGAAACUGUCAACAGGGCAGCCUUUGCUCGACUUGUCCAAAGUAUUUGGUCGCUACCUUGAUCAAUACGCUCAACAGGUCCUUUUGUUCUACAUUUCAGAACACCCAUCGGCCGGCACGCCUUCGCGAGUUCCGACCGUCGAAGAUGUGAUCCUGGUCCUCAACACGGCCGAUUAUUGUUUCAACACGUCCAAUUCACUGGAGGAGAAGAUCAAGAGCCGCAUAGACGACGGUUUGAAGAAGAGGGUCGAUCUACAGAGUCCGGCCGAUGCUUUCAUGGGUAUAGCAAGUGCUGCUGUCCGAGGGCUGGUGCGGCAGGUCGAAGUAGAUCUCGAGCCCAGUUGGAGAGAGAUGCGCAACAUCGGUUGGUCCAAGAUCGAGAGUUGCGAGAACCAAAGCCCCUUCAUCACCGGGCUCCAGCAUCGCAUCAAAGACCGAUCGAGCCAAAUCUUGGGGAUGCUCCACAAACAGCAAUACGCUCGAGCCUUUGCCGAUAAUCUCGUGGAGCUCCUUGCAUCGACAUAUCUCUCGAAUAUUGCGCAAUGUAAGCCUAUUUCAGAGGGUGGUGCAGAACAGAUGUUACUCGACACUCACGAAAUCCGAAAUACCAUCAGCAAUAUACUUCCAGGCACGCCACCACCACCCUUAUUGUUGAAACGGGUCACAGCGGCAUUCAACAAAAUCGAGCCUCUUCUAAAGACUCUGCAGGUCCGACCAUCUCCGCCCGAAGCUCUUGUGCAGGCGUAUUUGAUUCACAUUGCGGAUCUGUCAGAAGCCAAUUUCCGCAAAGUUUUGGAGCUCAAAGGUGUUCGGACUAAAUCGGACCAGGGUCACCUGGUGGAACUGUUUCAAAUGCACAAGUUCAGUCCCCGCUAUAAGGACUCCCUUGUGGAAAAAUCCCCUCUUCUCACUCCAUUAAAUCUUUCCUCCUCGACGUCGGCGACUGGUCCAGCAUCCACUCCCGCAAAUGCCUUGCACAAUCUAUCGGUGUUGGGAAAUUCAGCGGCCGCGUCCCUCAGCACGGCCAACCUCCCCGCCAACAUGAAGUUUGACGCCUCGGGGUUGGGCAACGCGAUUAUCGAUCGAUUCAGCAACCCUAGCCUCGGUGGGAUGGGAACUCCGAGAGAUGGAGCACAGAGUCCGCCUCCUGGUGGGUCGGUAGCAGGCAACGCUGCUGGCGAUGGGGUGUUCCCGGGCGCAGAAGCUGGUGCCAAGUUGAAUGAGAACCUGAAAAAUAUCGGCAAGUUCUUCAAACGCGACCUGGGAGGAUUUGGAGGCAUCGGGCGGUUUGGUAGCAAGACGACGAGUCCUGCGCCACCUGAAGAUCGUACUAACGGUCGAUAG